AUCCCUUUGGCACCUUGCAGCUGGCAGCUCCAACUUCUCGCCUUUCUGCUGAUCGGUUCCAAGUGUUAACUCUGGGAGCAAGAAGGUCCAGUUAUCCACAUCCUUGCCCACACUUCAGAUUUUAUUUUUUAUUUUAGAUAUUCUAAUAGCUUCAUCUCGCGUUAAAGAUGUGUGAUCAGACCUUUCUAGUUAAUGUAUUCGGCUCCUGUGACAAAUGUUUCAAACAAAGGGCUCUGAGACCAGUUUUCAAGAAGUCUCAACAGCUCAGCUACUGUGCAGUAUGUGCAGAAAUUAUGGCCACGGACGGGCUGCACGAGAACGAGACGCUGGCGUCGCUGAAGAGCGAGGCCGAAAGCCUCAAGGGCAAGCUGGAGGAGGAGCGGGCCAAGCUGCACGACGUGGAGCUGCACCAGGUGGCGGAGCGGGUGGAGGCCCUGGGGCAGUUUGUCAUGAAGACUAGAAGGACCCUCAAAGGCCACGGGAACAAGGUUCUCUGCAUGGACUGGUGCAAAGAUAAGAGGAGGAUCGUGAGCUCGUCACAGGACGGGAAGGUGAUCGUGUGGGAUUCCUUCACCACUAACAAGGAGCACGCGGUCACCAUGCCCUGCACGUGGGUAAUGGCAUGUGCGUACGCCCCGUCGGGAUGUGCCAUUGCGUGUGGUGGUUUGGAUAAUAAGUGUUCCGUGUAUCCACUGACAUUUGACAAAAACGAAAGCAUGGCUGCCAAAAAGAAGUCUGUUGCCAUGCAUACCAACUACCUGUCGGCCUGCAGCUUCACCAACUCGGACAUGCAGAUCCUGACGGCCAGCGGCGACGGGACGUGCGCCCUGUGGGACGUGGAGAGUGGGCAGCUGCUGCAGAGCUUCCACGGGCACGGGGCCGACGUGCUCUGCUUGGACCUGGCCCCCUCAGAAACGGGAAACACCUUCGUGUCUGGGGGAUGUGACAAGAAAGCCAUGGUGUGGGACAUGCGCUCCGGCCAGUGUGUGCAGGCCUUUGAAACACACGAAUCAGACAUCAACAGUGUCCGAUACUACCCAAGUGGAGAUGCCUUUGCCUCAGGAUCUGAUGAUGCUACGUGUCGCCUCUACGACCUCCGGGCAGACAGGGAGGUUGCCAUCUAUUCCAAGGAGAGUAUCAUAUUUGGAGCAUCCAGCGUGGACUUCUCCCUCAGUGGCCGCCUGCUGUUUGCUGGAUAUAAUGAUUAUACCAUCAACGUCUGGGAUGUUCUCAAGGGGUCGCGAGUCUCCAUCCUAUUUGGACAUGAAAACCGAGUUAGUACUCUACGAGUUUCCCCUGAUGGGACUGCGUUUUGCUCAGGAUCAUGGGAUCACACCCUAAGAGUCUGGGCUUAAUCAAGUCUCCUCAGGAUACUCCUCACACUUAGGUACCUGAGGUUAAAAUUUGAAAUCAUCACAUGUAAAUAGAUCUUACUUCUGGAGGAUUUGAGAGUGUAUCACAAGGUAGCGUAAGGGAUCAACUCCAUGGUGGAAGUCCGGCAGACAUCUCCAGUGUUACUGCUGGGAGGACCCACUGUGAGCUUCGGCACCAGAACACCUUCCAGUACGGUGUUGUCGUUUCUCAUUUUGAACACUUUGUAAAAUGUAUUCAUUUUUAAGAUUAUUCUUAAUUAUACUCAUCUCAACUCCUUCUGUUACCAACAGAAUUAGCAUUUAAUAUAUUUCAUAUUACUUCCUUGAAUGACAUUAGUUUCAGAGCACCUCAAAAUCUGACCUUUCUCACUGGGCACUGUGACUUUUGGAACCUUCCUUGGGAAGUGCUGAUUUUUUUUUUUUUGGUUAAUCCUCACUGGAGGAUAUUUUUUU